AGUCCAUACGCAUACAAAAGUGGACUUAUCCUCAGUUACACAAAAAAACUGAACACGCAAACAAUGGAACUUGGAAGCAUACUAUAAAAAUGUCUUGAAAUCAGAAAGAACAACAAAAUCCGAAAAAAGAAAGAAGCUUUUAGAAUUUAUUAGAAGGUAUCUUCAAUUAAUUCCUUUCUUUGUUAUUAAUGGCCUCUUGUAAUAAUACUUCCAGUGUGUUUGAAAAUGGAGACUACAAAACAAAGUUGAUUAAAGUUGAACAAGAAAAACUCUGCGGUGCUGGUAAUUGUGGUAGUUCUUCUUCUUCUUCUUCCUCUUCUUCUUCUCCUCCUCCUCCUCCUCCAAAGCCACUGUUAAUUGGGACCCCAAUUCAAGCAGGAGAAUACCCAGUUCUUCUGUUCCUCCAUGGCUAUCUUCUUUCCAACUCUUUCUACUCACAGCUUGUUCAACAUAUUGCUUCUCAUGGCUUCAUUGUGGUUGCCCCCCAGCUAUAUCUUGUGACAGGAUGUGAUGCAACUGAAGAAAUAAAAUCUGCUGCAGCUAUAACCAACUGGUUUCCUGAAGGGCUACAGGAUUGCCUUCCACCAAAUGUGAGGCCAAAUUUAUCGAAACUCGCGUUAUCCGGCCAUAGCCGUGGAGGCAAAGAGGCAUUUGCUCUGGCUCUUGGAAGAGUAAUCCCGAAACCCCCAUUGAAAUUCUCAGCCCUGAUUGGAGUUGAUCCGGUUGACGGGAUGGAUAAAGGGAAACAAACGCCUCCACCGGUCCUCACUUACAUCCCACAUUCCUUUGAUCUUGAAAUGCCAGUGUUAGUCCUUGGUUCAGGCUUAGGUGAAAUAAAAAGGAAUCCAUUGUAUCCUCCUUGUGCUCCGAAAGGGGUGAACCAUGGCGAUUUCUUCAACGAGUGCGAAAAACCCGCGUAUUACUUUGUUGUUAAGGAUUACGGACAUGUUGACAUGCUGGAUGAUGAUACGAAAGGGAUUCGCGGGAAGGCGACGUAUUGCUUCUGUAAGAAUGGCAAGUCUAGAGAACCAAUGAGGAGGUUUGUUGGAGGUGUUAUGGUUGCUUUCUUAAGAGCUUAUUUAGAAGAUGAUUCAGAGGACUUGGAGGCUAUUAGGACAGGAGAGGCAGUUCUACCUGUUGUGAUACAAAAACAAGAUUUUCUGUUAUAGAUCAAUGUAUGUACUUCAAUUACAUAUGCAACUGGUUUUGCUAUGUAUAUCUUGAAUGUUGCUAGUAUUUUGAUCUAGGAGUUACUGAUAAAAAUACUAGCUAGCCGUUUGCUUUGUGGUUUAGAUUAUGAUCAUUUCAUUUUAUCUAUGAACCAACUUCUUUUCUUUUUUUUUU